GCCAAGCAAAUUUUCACACAGGUGGUGAAAAUAUGAUUUUGUUCUUUUUAAAUUGUUUUUUUUUUGUUGUUUGUUUGUUUUUUUUACCUCAUUGCCUCCCAUAAAUCCUGCUUUUCAGAAAGGUCAUUUCAGUUUUAUUUAGGAAAAGAAGUCUUUUCUUUGCCCCCAAAUGCUAAGUUCCUUCCCUGGGAGCCUUGCCAUUAACUGGGUGGCCUGAAGGUCACAAACACAAGCAACAUGGAGACCGGUAGCUGCGAGGUGCUAAUUGACAUCCCCAAAGAGGAACAGUGUCAACAAUCAAUAGAGAAGUCAGAACACUGGUAGAUUUAUGGCUUUGAUUUGAAAAGGUAUGGGAAUGCCCAGCAAUGUUCCCCGUACUCCUGCUGAACGUUAAUGCUUUCUUGAAGACGGUUUCAGACACGCUGCUAGGAUGCUGCCUCCACUCACAGAAGCAGAAAGCUCUGAAGAGUUGCUGAGGCAGAACUGACAUCAUGGCUCGCCUCAAAGCCGCAGCUGGAGCAGCCGCUAACGAUGCCUCACACAGAAAGACACGCUCCUCUAACUCAGGGUUUUAAUGGGAAGUUUCUAAGCCUGAAGCAGCAACUCUGGACCUGGGUGUGCCAUCGGCUGCCUGCAGCGACCAUUGUCAGCUGCUUUGACACAGCUGGUCCGGAAGAAUGGGAACUAAAGAGCCUUGUAACUACCUGUAACUGUUUCUCAGGAAAUGGAUCAAGUGUUUGUUCAGCCAGAUCCAGAUAACUCAGCCCCUGUGGGGUGCAGCCGCCAUGCACACAGCACGCUGAUGAUGGACAAAAGGGAAAGCAGAUCCUGGACCCUGGCUUUCCUGGACCAUGGAUGGAGGACAGCCGGUCCCUUCACCCCUGGUGCCCCUUGGGAACGUGUCAUCAGAUUCUAGCAUGUCUCUGGAGCAGAAAACGACAUUUGCUUUUGUUAUUUUGUUGUUUAUUUUCUUGGGCAUCCUUAUCGUCAGGUGCUUCCGGAUUCUGCUGGACCCGUAUCGGAGCAUGCCCACCUCGACCUGGGCUGACGGGCUGGAAGGCCUGGAGAAAGGGCAGUUCGACCACGCCCUCGCCUAGCAGGGAUGGGCGCGUCUCCUCCUGAGGCAAAGGCUCCUUGCCCUGAUGAAAUUUUACCAAUAUCUGGGCCUGGGACCACAAUUCACUAUUCUGUAAACACACAGUUGGGUUACAGACAUUCGAGGAUGUUAGAAAUGGAGGUUUAUAUUACUGACCAAAAAUAAGAAGGUUUAAAUUUCUAUGUUUGCUCAAUGAAUGAAUAUUGUCGAACAUGUGUGAUUGUGAAAUCAAGAGCAUCAAUACUUACGGAGACUUUGGCACAAAACAAAGCACUACCCUAUUGACCAGAGAAUAGAAGGCUAGAAAGGAUCUGAUAUGACUCUGGUGACACGGCCCAGAAGAGAUUUCCUCGCUCCAGUCACGCCCUCAGUUGGCAUUAUUUCCUGGGCGUCGGGGUCCUGAGCCGAGGGAGGAAGAUUGUGCUAAAUGGACCCAAAGCGGGUCCUUGUUUCUCCUGAAGCAGGGAGCAGUGGGAGAGCUUCGAAGCCGUGGUUCUGUCCUUGGUAAAUAUGAGUGAGAUGAUGUUUUACUUUUCAAAUAAAUCUAAAUACAAAGGCUACAGAGUUUUGAAAACUACUCAGCAGGCCAAGUAUAUUCUAUGUAUUCAUAUUAUUAAUAAUAUGUGUAGAAGUAGCUAUGCAUAACCUGAAUUUACUUUCUUUACACAAAUGAUUGAAAUAUAAUAAUAGGUUGCAAGUGCAGCUUCAAGAUUUUUUUUAAUAAAAAGUGAAUUGUUUUAGAAGAGAAGACUUUAACAGUCAAA